CGCGCGGGGACAGCGAGGCGGACCACGGCGGAAACCUGGGCUCGAGCCACACCGGCGACAGUGAGCUUCUCAAAUACUUUUCUGGGAGCUGCAGCCCCGCGUUAAGGCCGAGCUGGCCAGCGAGGCACGCGACCCCGGAGCAUCCUCCCCCACCGCGCGCGCUAAGGUGGGACUGCCCGGAGGCGGGCGUCGGGCCCCCAGCUCCGCGGCCCCCGGAGCGCUCGGGACUCGCUGAUCGCGGGCUCGGCGGCAAUAUGUCUGUGGCGUUCGCAGCCCCGAGGCAGCGGGGCAAGGGCGAGAUCACGCCCGCCGCCAUCCAGAAGAUGCUGGAUGAAAAUAACCACCUUAUUCAGUGUAUAAUGGACUAUCAAAAUAAAGGGAAGGCCUCGGAGUGCUCUCAGUACCAGCAGAUACUGCAUACAAACCUGGUAUACCUUGCUACCAUAGCAGACUCCAAUCAAAAUAUGCAGUCUCUCCUACCGGCGCCGCCUACACAGAAUGUGCCUAUGGGUCCUGGAGGGAUGAGUCAGAGUGGCCCUCCACCCCCUCCCCGCUCUCACAGCAUGCCUUCAGAUGGAAUGGUGGGUGGGGGCCCUCCUGCACCACACAUGCAGAACCAGAUGAACGGCCAGAUGCCUGGGCCUAACCAUAUGCCAAUGCAGGGACCUGGACCCAGUCAGCUCAGCAUGACGAACAGCUCCAUGAAUAUGCCUUCGAGUAGCCACGGCUCCAUGGGAGGCUACAACCAUUCUGUGCCAUCGUCCCAGAGCAUGCCCGUGCAGAACCAGAUGACAAUGAGUCAGGGGCAGCCAAUGGGAAACUAUGGUCCCAGACCAAACAUGAAUAUGCAACCAAAUCAAGGUCCCAUGAUGCACCAGCAGCCUCCUUCUCAGCAGUACAGCAUGCCACCUGGAGGUGCGCAGCAUUACCAAGGACAGCAGGCGCCCAUGGGGCUGAUGGGUCAAGUUAACCAAGGCAGUCACAUGAUGGGCCAGAGACAGAUGCCUCCCUAUAGACCUCCACAACAGGGCCCACCACAGCAGUACUCAGGCCAGGAAGACUAUUAUGGGGACCAAUACAGUCAUGGUGGACAAGGUCCUCCAGAAGGCAUGAACCAGCAAUAUUACCCUGAUGGAAACUCGCAGUACGGCCAGCAGCAGGACGCUUACCAAGGACCACCUCCACAGCAAGGAUACCCACCCCAGCAGCAGCAGUACCCGGGGCAGCAGGGCUACCCAGGACAGCAGCAGGGCUACGGUCCUACCCAGGGCGGUCCAGGGCCUCAGUAUCCUAAUUAUCCUCAGGGUCAAGGUCAGCAGUAUGGGGGCUAUAGACCAACACAGCCAGGACCACCACAGCCACCGCAGCAGAGGCCUUAUGGGUACGACCAGGGACAAUAUGGAAAUUACCAGCAGUGAAAAUGUCCUUACAUUCCAAUAGCCAGCACCUAUUAGCAGCCACAUUGUCACAGCUCUGCACCGUGGACACCCCCGGGGAAGGCUCCUUCCAUUCCAACUAGUUUUUGGAAAAACCUUUGGCUAAAUGGCUGCUUCAUUGGCAAGUAGCUUUUAUGGUGUAGUUUCUAAAGGCUUUCGUAGCUACCAACGCACCUGAUUUCACGUUUCUACUCUAGAUGGCAACAUUGGACAGAAAAUGCACUGACACAAGGACUUGGCAGCCAUUUCAACUGUGUUCCAAAUGGACUGUCACAGACUGAAAGGUGUGAACAGUUUUGCGUGUUCACGGAGGUUGAGGGUUUCAUACUUUUCCACAGAUUAUUUUGUAAGGGGAAGGGGAAAUGUACACUUUCUACAGCAGCCAUAUUUUGUCUAUAUGUUUAUUUCAUGUGGUGAAUAUGCAAAGCGGUACACUCCACACUGGGCAGAGAACCGGAACCUGGCAGUGCGCAGUGUGGUAGACGCUCAGCGCUGUGGUGCUCUGAAGACAGGCGAGGCGAGGCAGAAGCCCACCACAGGCCCGCUGUUAGUUCUUAGAGGAAAGUCACAUCUCUCUUAUCUACCAGAUUAGCAAGGGCACUGUGAUACAGUUUUCGAGUACAAAGACAUUUUUUAAAAAGCCUUCCAGUUUUGUGCAUUAAAACCUUUUUGUAAAGAUGAUUUAUAAUACUGUUUUCAAAAGCAAGGCAAUAAUUAUGUUGCAUUGUGGACUUGGGCAGGUUUGUGUAAAUGAAGAGGGAAGCCUCUUAAACCAGCAAUAACUGAAAGGGAGAGAGCAGGAAGUCUACCUUCUGAGCAGUCAGGGAGCUUAGUCCUGUGAGCUCGUCUGUGACCUCAUCACAGAGGAGUCAGCGGCGAGCUCACCUUAUUCCUUAACAUAAUCGGUUGGGGGAGCUGAGGGGAGUCGUCUAGGAGGCUUUACUGCUUGUGUAGGAACUUUGUUACUGGGUGUAAGCAAAGGGGCCCCCUUAUGUCCCUCUCUCUUCAUCUUGGGUAACGCAAGAGGAGAAUGCUUAUGACGGGCUUUUCCGACUCGUACUGAAAGCCUAGAGGUGCCAUUUCACGGUUUCUCGUUCUUAAGCACGACAUGACAUACUUAAUCAUUCUUUGAGACUGAUUAUUUUAGCUAAAUUUGGGGAUAUGGCAUGGGGCAGGAAGAUGUGCACUGAGAGAUUUCUAAGCACAUCUGUUUAAGCAGACUUUGAAAAUCUCUGGCCCGAAGGUAAGUUGCUGUGUCCUCGGAGUUGUCUGCGUCCAGGGAAUAUGUCCGAGAAUACGCCUUUGUAAUGGAGGUCGGCUUUGCCAUUUCUAACUGCAAACAGAACAGAAGGGGUGCCAUAAAUUCACAGCAUACUGUUCUCAACAUACUGUAAUCCAAAAGGGUUUCAAUGUGUCUGUAUGAGAGUGCGUGUGUUUCUAAGGUCAGUAGAGGGUGUUCUUCAACUUGGUCAGUAGAAAUAGGCAUCGAGUGUGACCAGGCGAGGUGUGGAAAGCCUUGCGAGGAGACGCUUAUGAGUUCUGUGCCAGGUCCUUCACCACUGUGUACUUUAUUGCUAUUUAAAACUGUAUCAACUCUAACGAAAGAAUAAAUUAUUUGUGAUUUUAA